GAAAUUCAUGCCACCGCUAUUUACAAUUUUCUGCUAAGAUAAACAAUUUUGCGGCAUAUUAACAUUUAGCAAAAUAUUUUAAAUAAACUAAAGUACUAAUCAUAAAUAUAUAAGUAAAAUCUGGAAUUUUAUAAUGUUUUACCAUAUCUCACUGGAACAUGAGAUUCUUUUGCAUCCGCGUUAUUUCGGGCCACAAUUGCUGGAGACUGUAAAGCAGAAACUUUAUACCGAAGUAGAAGGUACGUGCACAGGAAAGUAUGGUUUCGUGAUAGCUGUGACCACAAUUGAUCAAAUUGGCUCCGGCGUAAUACAGCCAGGUCAGGGAUUUGUGGUGUAUCCUGUGAAAUACAAAGCAAUCGUUUUUCGGCCGUUCAAAGGGGAGGUAUUGGAUGCCGUUGUGAAACAAAUAAACAAAGUUGGCAUGUUCGCGGAAAUUGGACCACUCUCUUGCUUUAUAUCACACCAUUCCAUCCCUGCUGAUAUGCAAUUCUGUCCGAACGGUAAUCCACCAUGUUACAAAUCAAAAGAUGAAGAUGUGGUAAUUUCGGGUGAGGACAAAAUACGUCUCAAAAUUGUUGGUACACGUGUGGACGCGACCGGAAUUUUCGCGAUCGGUACACUUAUGGACGAUUACUUAGGUUUAGUGUGCAGUUAAUUUCUUUGUUUAUUUCUUUUGUAGUCUGACCAUAAAUACUAUAGUGAGCAAAUGCUUAUGCAUUUAUAUGUACGAAAUACAUGUAAAAUUAAUUGAAUUUAAAA